AUCUCCAUUUUCCACCUCCAGUCUUAUUUCCAUACUCUUCUACUUCUGUUUUCUUCCUUCAAUUCUCAGUCCAUAAAAAAUAAAAAUUCAAAAACAGACAAAGACAAUCACAACUGAAAAAUCUAAUCUUGAAGGAGAGAAACACAGUCUGUGACUGUUGUUGUAAGACAAGAUCUUUAUUACCCUUUUCAAUUCUGCUCCUCUUCUCGUUUCUGGAUAAUCUUGACAGGAGUGGACCUCUUGCUACAUCUUUUUCUGAUGGAGGAUGGCUCAAUAAACACAGUUACCAAUGGAAAGGUAGAAUCUGGAAGCAAGUUAUCAGUUCCAGGACAUUCUAGUUUGUCUUCUAUCCAAGAUGUUGUCAAUAACCCGUUUCUGGGCCAAAAUCAGCCUCUACCAGCAGAAAAUUCAGUUCCAGUUCAACUUCUUCCAACAGACAAAAUUGUGUCUACUUCAACAGCUGAUAUAAUAGAGACGGACAAUCCAGAUAUAGUCAAGGAAGGAGAAAAUUUCUCUAAUGGACAACAUUACGGAGGGAAAACUGAAUUGCAUUUGCAAGAAAAAACUGAAACCCUGCAAAAUUUCUCUGACAUACAUCAAUCUCAAGGAAAAGACACUUAUUUUCUUGACAGUUCCGGCAUUCGUAUUGACAACAUGAUACCUAUUGCUUCUUCUCACGAGAUUGGUUCACAAUCCAAUGAGCUUGAUCUUCCCCACCUAAAAGUUAGAAUGCAAACAGAUGAACCUUCCUCUCCAUAUAAAAGGAUGGCCUCUCAGAUUCUCAGAACACCAUUAUCUCUCAAUUCACCCGGAGUUAAGCUGGAUGGCACAAGUGGAGGUAUUAUUGAUACAAGAGCACCUUUUGAAUCUGUUAAAGAAGCUGUUUCCAAGUUUGGAGGAAUUGUAGAUUGGAAAGCCCACAAAAUCCAAACCGUUGAGAGGCGCAAGAUUGUGGAACAAGAGCUGGGGAAGGUACAGAAAGAAAUGCCCGAGUUGAAGAAACAGUCGGAGGAUGCUGAACUGGAAAAAGCACAAGUUCUUAGGGAGCUGGAAAGCACUAAAAGACUUAUUGAAGAGUUAAAGCUAAAUCUGGAGAAGGCACAGACGGAAGAGCAUCAGGCAAAACAAGAUUCUGAGCUUGCCAAGCUGAGGGUAGAAGAACUGGAACAAGGGAUUGCUGAUGAGGCUAGUGUUGCAGCAAAGGCACAGCUUGAGGUUGCUAAAGCAAGGCAUGCAGCUGCAGUUUCAGAACUCAAAUCUGUUAAUGAUGAAUUGGAAACUCUGAAAACCGAACUUGCUUCUUUAGUUGCUGAGAAAUGUGAAGCUGUGAAGAAAGCUGAAGAGGCUGUUUCUGCAUCCAAGGAAGUUGAGAAGACGGUUGAGGAACUUACUAUUGAGCUGAUUUCUACAAAGGAAUCCUUAGAGUCAGCGCAUGCUUCCCAUUUGGAGGCAGAGGAACAGAGAAUAGGAGCAGCCAUGGCAAGAGAGCAAGAUUCCCUCUAUUGGGAGAAGGAAUUGAAGCAGUCGGAAGAGGAGCUCCAGAAGCUUAACCAACAAAUUCUUUCUGCAAAGGAUCUCAAAUCAAAACUAGACACUGCUUCAGCUUUGCUACAUGACCUGAAAGCUGAAUUAGCAGCUUAUAUGGAAUGUAAAGUAAAGGAGGAUUCUGAUGAAGGAGACACAAAAGCUGGAGAAGAGGAACCAGAAAAGAAAACUCAUACCAACAUAAGGGUAGCAGUGGCUUCAGCAAAGAAGGAGCUUGAAGAAGUGAAGCUUAACAUAGAGAAAGCAACUGAGGAAGUGAAUUGCUUGAAGGUGGCUGCCACAUCACUGCAAUCCGAGCUUGAAAAAGAAAAGUCGUCACUUGCUAUACUGAGGCAGAGAGAAGGAAUGGCAUCAGUUACAGUUGCUUCUCUUGAAGCUGAGCUGGAUAAUACUAGGUCAGAGAUAGCUCUAGUUCAGAUGAAGGAGAAAGAAGCAAAAGAGAAGAUGGUAGAGUUGCCCAAGCAACUGCAGCAAGCAGCAACAGCAGCUGAUGAGGCCAAGCAAUUGGCUCAAAUAGCUCGUGAAGAUCUGCGCAAGGCAAAGGAAGAAGCAGAACAAGCAAAGGCUGCAGCAAGUACAAUGGAGAGCAGAUUACUUGCAGCUCAAAAAGAGAUAGAUGCUGCGAAGGCAUCUGAAAAAUUGGCUUUAGCAGCUAUCAGAGCACUGCAAGAGAGUGAAUCAGCUCAAAGCACCAAGGAUGUAGAUUCACCUGCUGGUGUAACACUUUCUCUAGAGGAGUACUAUGAGUUGAGCAGACGGGCACAUGAGGCAGAGCAACAGGCCAACAGAAGGGUGGAAGCUGCAAUUUCUCAAAUUGAGGUCGCUAAGGAGUCUGAGUUGAAGAUUGCAGAGAAGUUGGAAGAAGCAAAUAAAGAGAUGGCUGCAAGGAAGGAUGCACUAAAAGUUGCAAUGACCAAGGCUGAGAGGGCCAAGGAAGGCAAAUUGGGUGUAGAACAAGAGUUGAGGAAGUGGAGGGCUGAGCAUGAGCAAAAACGAAAGACUGGUGAAUCUGAUCAAGGAGUCACGGGCCACGGUAAAAGCAAAUCGACAACCUUCGAAGACAAGAAGGAAUCUAAGCACUCUGACAAGAUCCCAGAUGCCUCAGACGAGAACGAGUCAAGCGUAAAAUCACAUGGGCAUGGAACUAGCGCCGAAACCGAAUCGUCCCCAGACGUAAAUGUUCCAAAGAAGAAAAAGAAAACAUAUUUCCCACGGUUUUUAAUGUUUUUAACAAGGAAAAAAUCACACGCACACAAGACAGGGCAAGAAUACAAAUGAACAAAGAACAGAAGGCCUGCCUUAGUUGUGAUAUCAUCUCUCUUUGCUGGGCAUUCACCUUCACAAUUUGACCAUAAAAUGAGGUUUUUUCUCUAUGUAAAUGUUGGUUAUUAAUUUGUGCAUGAUAAGUUGGUUGCAUAUUAUAAUUUUUUUUCCUCAGAUGAGAAAAAGAAGGCUGGUUAGCUCUGGUGAAGGUUUUUUUUUGAUAUUAUAGUCUGUGUUUGGCUGGGGAAGGACAGAAUAAGGUGAUUUUGUAUUGUAUAGUUUUGCAAUAUUCCCACAUUGAGACAUUUUGUAAAGGUGUGAAAUUGGUUUAAUUCAAAGAUUUUGGUUUUCCAA